AUGAAACAAUUCGGAGAUCUUCCUGUCGUAAGACAAUUCUACGUUGUCAAAAGUGUGAAUGAUAUUUUUGGACCACCAUGUAAUACCAAUAUAAUUUCAGGAAAGGAGUCUCAAUCAAACAGGACCCUAGAAGAGGAGGUGACGAAAAGGUUACAGCCGUUUGUAGAUGAAACUGAGAAACUCAUAGCCGAUCUCAGGAAGAAGUUGGCCAAGGAUAUCGAAAUGGAGUGGAUCAGUGAAGGUGCUAAUGAUGUUCUGAAAGCCCUUAGUGAUGCAAGCUCUUUCAGAGAGCCCAACCCGUGCCAUAAGAAGAAAGUACACUUUGGGGGAAAACAUCGUGAUAAUUGGCUCGCAGAGAAUAUUGCUCCAUCAUUGAUUGAAGACGAACGCCCACCUUGGCACUGCUCGACAUCUCCUACUUCCAUCCCGGACAAUAGUUUUGAAUUACCUGCAAUAAGCAAAACCCAAAUCACCGCUACACUCCAGCGAGGUAGACCAACAACAGCACGGCCAUCACAGCCCCAAAGGCCAGGGAAAGCUAAUGCCGCUCCCUCCCGUGCCAUUCUGAUGAAAGCUUCCGGGACAACAUCACCUUUGGACAGCUCACCAUCUCCCCCAGGCACCCUGGACAAUAGUAGUGAACUGCCUGCAAUAAACAAGAGCCAACUGACUGCUGCCCCCCAGCGAGCUAGACCAACAACAGCACGGCCAUCAAAGUCCCAAAGGCCAGGGAAAGCUAAUGCCGCUCCUUCCCGUGCCAUUCUGAUGAAAGCUUCCGGGACAACAUCACCUUUUGACUGCUCACCAUCUCCUCCUGGCACCCCGGAUACAAGUUGUGAACUGCCUGCAAUAAACAAGAGCCAACUGACUGCUGCCCCCCAGCGAGCUAGACCAACAACAGCACGGCCACCACAGCCCCAAAGGCCAGGGAAAGCUAAUGCCGCUACCUCCCGUGCCAUUCUGGUGAAAACUUCCAGAGCAACACCACCUUUGGACAGUUCACCAUCUCCCCCUGGCACCCCGGAUACAAGUUGUGAACUGCCUGCAAUAAACAAGAGCCAGCUGACUGCUGCCCCCAAGCGAGGUAGACCAACAAUAGCACGGCCAGUACAACGCCCAAGGCCAGCGAAAACUAAUGCCACUCCCUCCUUUGGCAUUCAAGAUAAAGCUUCCGGGACAACAUCACCUUUGGACUGCUCACCAUCUCCCCCUGGCACCCUGGACAAUAGUUGUGAACUGCCUGCAAUAAACAAAAGCCAGUUGACUGCUGCUCCCCAGCGAGGUAGACCAAAAACAGCACGGCCACCACAGCGCCAAAGGCCAGCAAAAACUGAUAUCGCUCCCUCCUGUGGCAUUCAAAAGAAACGCCUCAUGUGCAACUGCUCGCCAUCGACUCCUGGCUCUAUGGGACAUCCUUUGAUAGACAACGACCAGUUUACUGCAACCAUUCCGUGUAAAGAGCAAAGGCCGACAAUAUCACAUCCUGCACAGCGCCAAAGGCCAGAGAAAAGUAAUAUCGCUCCCUCCUGUGCUACCGAAGAAAAACGCCCAAUGUGCAACUGCACGCCAUCGCCUCCUGGCUCCGCGGAACUUCUUUUGAAAAACAACGACCAGUUUACUGCAAUCAUCCAGCGUAAAGAGCCAAGGCCGACAAUAUCACAUCAUACACAGCGCCAAAAGCCAGUGAAAACUAAUAUCGCUCCCUCCUGUGCUAUCCAAGAAAAACGCCCAAUAUGCAACUGCACGCCAUCGCCUCCUGGCUCCGUGAGACUUCCUUUGAUAGACAACGACCAGUUUACUGCAACCAUCCCGCGUAAAGAGCAAAGGCCGACAAUAUCACAUCCUGCACAGCGACGCAGAUCAGUGCCAACCAAUAUUGCCAUUGAAGACAACCAAAUGUGCAACUGCACGCCAUCACCUAUUUGCCCUGCGGAACUCCCUUUAAUAGGCAACAACCAGCAAUUUACUGCAGCCAUUCCAGGGAGAGAGCCCAGGCCGACAACAUCACGCCCAACACAGCGCCGUAGAUCAGGCCCAGCCAAUAUCGCCAUUCAACAGAAACGUCCGAUGUGCAACUGCACACCAUCGCCUCCUGGCUCGGGGGAACUCCGUCCAAUAAGCCAAUCAAAUGCAGCCACCCCGCCAAAUGUGCCGAGACAGCGCUACAUACAACAGUCACGACCAUCUAGGCGUGCAGGCGGUCCAACCCCGGCUCCACCAGCCACCAGGAAGCCCUCUACUCAAAUGCAAGGAUCCACGGCAAUACACAAACGCAAAUUUAAGGAAAAGACCAACCAACAAAGCCUUGCUCAAAAAUUGGAGGACAAAAUGAAAAGGGCCGAAGAAAAUCAUAGACGGGAGAUUGAAAAGAAAAGAGGAAGAGCGCAACACUCUCUGGAUUGGUGGGAGACUGGUCUAGCUAAAAACUUAGAGCUUCACGAGAAUGAUCCAGAUGAUACUUAUGUUAGGGCACGUGCCAAAGCUAAUGAAGUGGCAAAAAGAAUUGCAUAG